AUGAGGGAGUUAAAUACUAAGUUGUCAUAUGAUUCUCAUUUUAUCAACAAUGAUAACAAGUUUUGUGACCGUCAAUCAAAGACGUACUUCAAAUUCCCCUCGAUUCGUCAUAAAUCCGAGGAUGUUAAUACUUCUGAUUCUUUCAUUCAAUCAGGAUACAAAUUCAGCUAUGAAGUAGACUCACCUGUUAAACAAAUUGAGUUUACAAAACCAUCAGAUUUAAUCCGUCUCAAUGGGCUAGAUGGUCGAAAACAAACAUUCGACUUCAGUACAGCUUUUAAUUUUUCCGAAACCAAGUCUGACAAUCUGGAAACUGGCAAUAACUACAAAACGAUCUUCACCUACUCCGAUCCUAUUACAAAUACUGUAGACUAUCAAUUAGACAUUUGUGAUUUUAUGGAUUCUGCAUAUUCUAAAAAUGUAAACAGCCGAAUACAUUAUUCGUUCCUUGUUCUCUCAGCUCUACUAUUAGUUGUAUUCUUUCCAUUUUUGUGCUGGUUUUAUGUGAAGCAUCUUACGAAAAGUGAACGAAUCAUCGUAUUUCGGCUAGGAAAACGAAUGAAAUCUAAGGGACCAGGUUGGGUAUUUCUAUUACCUAUAUGUGAUCGUUAUCAUUUAAUCACUCUCGAUGAUCAACUAGUGAAGAUUAAACCUGUAUCUGGUGGAACGAAAGACGAAGCUGUUGUUGAAGUGACGUGUUCAAUAAUAUUUUAUCUAUUAGAACCAGAUUAUGCAUUUAGUACAACUAAUAAAAGUCCUAUAGAAAUCGCUACUACACAAACUCAACUAUGUUUACUUUCAGCGCUUACUCAUUUAGAAUGGCAUUAUUUAGAACAAGGCAAUGCAAAAGUUGACUUGGCUAAUGAAACAAAAGGAACAUUAAAUUCUCGUUGUGGUCCAUAUGGAAUUCAUGUAAAAGAAGUUACUAUUGAUAAUUUAGUUCUACUCCGUCCACCACCAUCACAUAAUCCCAAAUCAAACAUUGAACUAGUGACUAAGCAUUUGCAACAAUUAUCAUGUGUAUUGUUGAAUAAUCGAGGCGACAAAUCUCUACUAAAAUCACCUGUUAGUCAAUUAGAAAUAGGACAACAACAGACAGUCAAUCUAUCUACUAAUAGUUCCAAGCAAACAAUGUCAAUACCAAUGGCAACUGAUACUUCUGAUAUAACAACAUCAAACCCAACAACAACAAUAACAACAACUAAUGAAUCGAGUUCCAUUGAAUCUACACCACCAAUGAUGAAUAACAUACAAAAUCAGUAUAGUUUCAAAUCGUUCAAUACUCUAUCCCAAUUACGCUUUUCACAUAAUCAUCCUGCUUUAUCCAAAGCUAUAACACGUGCACAAGGUUUACUUAAUAGUGAUAUUGCUUGUCAAGCACUUGAACGUGCAUCAUUACAAUUAGUUAUAUCAAUGCAGAAUAAAUUUAUGAAAGAUAAUUUACCAGCAUUGAAUUCAAUAGAAAAUCUAGGCUACAUUCUACUUUAUUUAGAUGCUGGGACUGGCACAGUUGGUUCAGGCUGUCUACCGUCUAAUAAACAACCGCCAAAUGUUACACUUUUUAUUCACAUUGACGAUUUAAUCGAUGUGGUAGAAGGUCGUUUGGAUGUAUUAGACGCUAUCGCAUCUGAUAAAGCUUUCAUGACUGGUUCAUUAUCAAUUUUGUCGAAAAUGCGUCAUUUACUCUAUAUGCCUCCAUUUUGA